GAGCUUUGCAAUUUGCUUUUCGUUCCCGUGACCUAAAAGACAAAUAACUCUCAACGUAACGGGCUAAAUAGUCGUCUCCAUUCGUUCCACCAAUAUCAAAGAAAUUGUUGCUUAUGCGUUGAGCCACUUCCUCGAAUGCGUUCUAUGUUUGAAUGGCCCAUCAAGGCAAUCACUUCUAUGCUCCUCAAUUCCGUUCCGUUUAUGACUGAGACUGCUUCGUUUCUUUGUACCGUACCGGUACAGGUACAUACCAGGUACCGGUAGCGUGUUGCACGUUGGCACCAGCACAAUACGUCUCGCGAAGCAUGAACUCACUUUCUGUAAAGUUAAGAUGCAAGCGAAGCACCGCUCCAGCAAUAAGAAGCCCAAAAGGCUAAAGGCCAACAACCUAUACAAGGUGUUGUCGGAUGAAACGAUCCGGGGCAUCAAGCAAGGCAGCGUAUACUGGCGCACAGUAGUUGUCGACCUUGCAACAGAGAGAAUUGGGAAGGAAAGGUUGCUGCGAACGUAUGACGGAUGCGUCGAAGAGCUCUGCUCCAUUUUUGCUGGUGUACUUGCAAAGAUGGCAUUUGGAACGUUCAAUGCAGCAAACGAGGAACAAGACCAUCGUUUGAUCAUUGAGAUUGUGAAGCUCGCGCAAGCUCUGAAAACGUCCUUCCGUUGCGUUAAAAGUCCACUCGAUGAAGCAGGUCUGGGCGAAUGGGUGAAGAGUAACAUGGGACAUUUCGACCCCCCCGUGGAAGAUAAUGUUUCCACCGGAUACGAAGUUCAACUUGCCGCCUUCCAACAAGAGCACGAUCGUUUGGUCGAGAAUUGGACGGAAGUGAUUGUGGGGGUGACAGGUCAUGGUCCUGGUCACCAUUCACAAGCUUACAAGACAACCUUGGAUCGUUUCGGUUCAAUAUGGGACGAGCACAUCCGCAUAAAAGAAGCAUUCGCCAACCAGAUGAGACGCGGCCCAGCUCGAGAGCCGUUCUUGAAAGAGUUUGCCCAUGCUCUGUUUGCUUGCAUAGGUCUUGAACAUGGCCAUGAUAGUGACCACCUCCGUUGCUGGGAAUGUGACAUUGACGACAAGAAUGUCUUCAAAUGCAGUGGCUGUGAUGUUGCAAGGUACUGUGGCCCAGAAUGCCAACGCAAGAGCUGGUGUGAGGGGCACAAUGCAGCUUGCAAGGCGCUCAAGAUUAGACAUGAACAACUUGUUGAAAAUGUCAGAUUUGUCACCAAGACCAUCGAGGCCGGAGCUAUUGGGCUAUCAUCCAACAUUGCACCAAACCCUUGCCUCGAUUUCGAUCUCAUCCCUUCCCUGAUCAACUCUAUUGACAUUGAUUCAUUUCAAGGGCAUGCCGCUUCCUCCCCAACUGGCCCAUCUAUGGCCAAGGUUUACAAGGUGAUUCAAGACAUAGAGAAUGGUGAAAGCCAGUAUGCAUCUGCAGACAGCAACGGGAAGGACGUGGAGUAUUCGACUGGAAGAGCCAUUGAUAAAAUUGAAGCAGAGGAUGCGUGCAGAGUCAUCAUGGCGCUUCAAUACCGAGACGCAACAGGAACGUCUAAAGAGGAGAAUCAGGACGAGUUUCGUGGCGGUUUGAAGUAUUUCAUGCAGGCACUUCAAAGGCAGUUGAAGACGAUUCGUCCCAAAGGAGAGGUGAUGACGACCGAUCGUGUCCUUGAGAUCUACAAGAGCUAUCAAGAAAAGUUUGCUUCAGCUGAAGAAGACAAGAUCUAUGACCGCCUCGCCAGAGAUAUCGUUUAUCCUAAUACGAUGGCAUUAUGGGACUUUUGUUAUGUCCCGCUCCUGUUUCAAUUCCUCCGCAACAACUACCACAAAAAUCCGCAAAAAUGCCCUACCCAUUGAACUUCUAACGAAUGAACUCUAUAGAAUUAAAACUGAUGUCAAAAGAUACAGCAGGGAUCUGCUUGUAGGAUCGCCAUGAACGGUUCCUCCAGGUCCUUGCAUCAAGGCGAGCUCUGAGUGCUCUUCUAUAGUACGAGAUGGCUCUCAAGUCCAACAGGUUUGGUUUUGUAGAUUGUCGAUAGGGCAAGCCAUGGUGCUGCAGUGCGUGUCGCCAAGGUUGGCAGGUCAGGUCUCUGCUCCAAUUUAUUUCGCCAAUCCCCGCUGUCGUUGUUGUUCUAGCUUGCGCUGUUUCUGCAACAGCAAUCCAUUGAUACAUGCCUCAAAGGUUCCCUGCUGUUGUCCACAAUCGAGAGAAAUCUUGUGCAUUUGGAUAAGAUACUCCAUGGUCUGCUUGUUCUGUCCCUGAUCCAAGUCUUGCAGAUUGUGGAUAUCCAACAUGGCCAAGGCAUCCAUGACACGACGAACUUGUGGGACCAAGGCAUCCGGAUUUUCAUUGUCAUCAUCCAGCACAAACCGCAAUCGAUUGGUGACCAAUUUGAGGAACAAGAACUGCGAUUGCGAUUCUUCCAAUCCCUGUUCGAGUUUGGCCCGUACGUUGCGGGGUAGAUUGCGAAUGGCGCCCUUGUUGACAUCGGUAAACAGGUAGGCGGCCGGAAAGGAUACCGUGGCAUGCGGAUACCUUGAGGGCAACGUCAAGGCCAAAUAAUCCAAGGCAUCUUGGCUGUGCGUAUUGGCCAUGGCAAUUUCGCCCCAAUCUUGAACGGGCCAUCCAUGGACGACAACUUGGACCGCCAGUUGCUUGCUUUGGGCCGUCAACAAGACACCCUUGGAAUGUUCCGAGUUGCCCAGGGUAGCAUCAAAAUCGGGUCUGAAAUCACUAAUGGACGAGAGUUGACCCUGGUGGAGUCCUCCCACGCAAAUGCGGAGAUUGCAGAGUUCACUCAAGGGAAUGCCAGUGGAAUUUCCGUGGUUGCAAUCGUCCUCCUCCAGGUUCAAUGCCUUUUCUUCUUCCUCUUGGGUAGCUGUUGUGGGCCCCGAUAACUCCACACGCAUCCAACUACCACCGUUAUCGUAGCUCCCUUGUUCGAUUUGUCCUUGCGCCAGAACCACGGCACUGGCACCGCCAUUUCUGAUACCGGAAUACCGUUGAGAAAUAUCCAGACCGAUGCUGCUGGUACUCUCUUCCAUGGACGAGGAGACGGAUAGGAUUUCAAUGCGUCGACUGAAACCUAAUUGACGGCGUAGCGAUUGAAUCUCUUGUUCCAUUUCCGCCACCACCUUGUCUCGGAGGGUGGCGGCUACAAAGGGAGCAAUAUCAGCCAUGGUGUAUGCUUUUACUGACUUCUAUUAGCUUGCUGUCAAGCCGUUGUUUGUGUUCUAUGAUACCAGACAUGGGACACGCAGAUCUACUAGUAGAGUUUUGCGCGAU